GAGCUCGUCUGUGUUGACCACGAACGAAAAAGUCCUCGGGGAAUCUCAAAACGAUAUCGAGAAGCGAAUGGCACGUAAAGUUAGUUUAAUUGGCAUCAGACCUGCUUACAAAUGUAUUCACAAACACUUGCAACAGAAAGAAGUGUUUCAAAGGAAAACCAAAAAAUUAUUACGCAAGGAACUGUUGGACGUGGAAAUAAUGAAAAGCAAAAUAACCUGUCUCGAGAAAUUGUUAAAACCCGAAGAGCAAUGCGAAUGGCGACGAACCAGGUCACCCAGGGCUUACUAUCGCGCGAUCGGUGUUACGUCGAAAUGAUAUUGCAA